AUGUUGAUGCUAAAAGCUACACCGGCAUUGCUCUUGCUAGCAGGCCAGGCAUAUACGUAUGUUCUAAGCGAUAUCCAGGAGCCCAUUCGCGCUCCAUAUGCGGGUCUUGCCAGCCACGACAAGUUGUCAGAAGUGAUCUCAUCAUCGCCGUUGCUUUCGUUGCACAGGGCUAUUUGUGAGAUUGAAUCUGUCUCGAACCACGAACUGCCCGUCGCAAAGCUCAUCAUCUCGUUCUUGGAGGCUCAUAACUUCACAGUGCAGACACAAAGUGUGCCACUGCAAGACACCACAACGGAUACCGAUACUACCCGGGCACGAUGGAAUAUCUACGCGUACCCGGAUCCUUUAAAGUAUGGUGGUAGCGAAAGUGAAACAUCGCAUCCGUCUCCAAAGGUGCUACUGACCUCGCACAUCGACACUGUGCCUCCACACAUCCCUUACUCCCUGUCACUACCCGGAAAGGCGGAUAAUGACAUCUUGUUGGCGUCGAGGAAGGAUAUUCUGGUAUCUGGCCGUGGAACGGUAGACGAUAAAGCUUGCGUCGCGGUCCAGAUCCAGACAAUCUUGGACUUGCUCGCCGACCCAUCUACAAAAGUUCAUCCUUCUAAUGUGGCGCUUCUGCUUGUUGUGGGCGAGGAGAACAGUGGGGAUGGAAUGAAACAUUUCUCCGAUUCGGAGCUCUUUCAGAAGACGAACACGAAUUACAAGGCUGUUCUCUUUGGCGAACCAACUGAGGGAAAACUGGCUACGGGACACAAGGGUGUCUUUGGGCUCAGAGUCAAUGCAUAUGGCAAGGCAGCGCACUCCGGAUAUCCCUGGCUUGGGCGGAGUGCAACCAGCAUGAUUCUACCUACCUUGUUGACUCUAGACGGACUGGGCGAUCUCCCCGUGUCAGAGGGUGGUCUUCCACGCAGCGAGAAAUUCGGAAAGAGCACUAUCAACGUAGGAUACAUCCGUGGCGGUGUGGCUGGGAAUGUCGUCCCGGAAUUUGCAACCGCGGACGUGACUUUCAGAAUUGCGGCUGGUGAGAAAGAAGAGAUUGAGCAGAUUGUCCGCAAGGCGAUUCGGGCUACUGAUCCAGAGGACCUACUGGACUUGAAGUUCUCCCUGGGGUAUGGCCCCAUUAGCUUGGAUGCUGAUGUCGAGGGCUUUGAGACGAUUACUGUCAACUACGGAACUGAUAUACCAAAUCUGGAGUUGGCACCUGAGGUCAAGAGGUAUUUGUAUGGUCCUGGAAGCAUCCUCGUCGCACACGGCAGAGAUGAAGGAUUGACGGUUGGGGAUUUGGAGGAGGCACUUGAUGGCUAUAAAAGGCUCGUUCAUCACGCCUUGAAGCUUUGA